CCGGUUUUGCUUGGCCCGAGACUUAUUCGAGUCAUCAGUCUGAGCCCUUCUUGGAACAACGCGGCACCUUUGCAUAUCAGUCUCAAGACCGUAUGCGUUGUCGAGUUUUCGAGUUAUGAAUGUCUCUCGUACACCUGGGACGGACAGGUGCCAGACCGGUCUAUCUACUGUGGCAGGAAACUCAUGCUUGUUACCGCAAAUGCCGAGGCCGCUAUGCGUCGUCUCAGGCGAAGGCACCGCCCCAGAUGCCUCUGGAUUGAUGCCGUCUGUAUCAACCAGGCCUGUAUCAAGGAGAAGAAUGCCCAAGUCUCCAUGAUGGCCGAUAUAUACAGCAACGCCAGAACAGUGCUCGUGUGGCUAGGAGCUGGCAACGAAGACAGCGAGAAGGCGAUAUCGUAU